AUGCAACUUUUCAUCUCUAGGUUUCGUUCACUAGUCCAUAGCAACAACCCGAUACUAUCUACCACAGCUCAAACCAAAUUUUUCUUGAACACAAGUGGCGUAGAGCAACUCUCUCAAUCUCGGUUCAUAGCUGAGAAAUUUGCUUCAUUCUUGGAUAAUUGUUCGGAUAUUUUCUAUCUGAGAAAACUCCAUGCUUGCAUUUUCGCUCAUGGGCUUGGAGACAGUAUUUUUUUGGGCUCUAAGCUCCUGAGUUGCUACGCAAAGUUUGAUCAUUUAGCUGACUCCAGAUGGGUAUUUGAUAGAAUUGUAAUCAAUAAUCUGUCUCUCUGGAAUUCAAUUCUUGUUGGGUAUUUUCGGACAGGUCACUUUGAUGAAGUUCUUAGACGGUAUUCAAAUUUGAGACAAUGGAAUAUUGGUUUAGAUAGUUCGGCCAUUACAUUUAGUUUGAAAAGUUGUAUUGAGCUGGGAAGUUCGGAAUUUGGUAGAGGGGUUCAUGUCGAUGCUUUCAAGUUUGGGUUAAAUGCAGAUAGGUUCGUAGGUUCGUCGCUUAUUGGGUUGUAUUGUAAACAUGGAGAUAUUGAAGAUGCAUCUAGAGUGUUUGAUGAAAUAACUGACAAAGAUGUUGUGGCUUAUACAUCAAUGAUCACUGGGUAUGCUCAGUGCAGUGAUCCCCGUGGAUUUGAGCCUUUCUGGGUAGCUCGUUGCAUGCAGAAGCAACAAUUAGAUCCUAAUCGGGUGACUUUGGUGAGCUUACUUAAAGCUGCGGCGCUAUUAGAAGCUCUAGAAGAGGGUCGUUCUAUCCAUGCUUAUGCUAUAAGAAGAAGCAUUGGUUGUUCUGAUGAAGUCUUUGAAACUAGUCUUAUGGACAUGUAUAUCAAAUGUGGGGCCCCAAGAACAGCGGCAUGCAUCUUUGGAAAAAUGGAGGUUAGAACAGUCGGUUCUUGGAAUGCAAUGAUUGCUGGUCAUCUGCAAAUGGAGCAGCCCUUGGUAGGUUUCAACCUUUUCUGUCAAAUGGUGGAAGAAAACCUCCUACCUGAUUUGAUAACUUUAGCAAAUGGGAUUUUGUGUUGUGCUAACUUGAAGUAUUUGCAUCAAGGAAAGAGCAUUCAUGGAUACAUAAUUCGUACAGGAAUUCACCUGGAUUUGGUUGCUAUCACUGCCUUGGUUGAUCUGUAUUCUAAAUGCAACAACUUAAUCCAAGCCAGAGAAUUGUUUGACAGCAUGGAGAAAAGGGAUGCUGUUUUAUAUAAUGUGAUGAUGGCCGGUUAUCUCCAAAAUAAGUUAGCUUGUGAAGCUAUAAGGACUUUUAUUGAAAUGGUUGGAACAGGUAUUAAACCAAAUAUAAGUUCCAUUCUGGGUGUACUUUCUGCGUCCUCUGAUCUGAAAGAAAUAAAACGAGGCAGGUGUAUCCAUGGAUACAUCUUUAGACAUGGGUUUGACUGGAGCACUGAAAUUGUCAACCAAAUCAUCUCUAUGUAUGCAAAAUGUGGUCUUAUGGUCUCUGCGAGGCAAGUCUUUAACAGGAUAAAAUAUAAGGACCUGGUCUCUUGGACUUCAAUGAUGAUGGGUUAUAUUAUUCAUGGGCAUGCAGAUGAAGCCAUUAUCUUGUUCCGGAUGAUGCAAAGAGAAAAACUAGAACAUGACUCAGUCACCGUAAUUAGUCUGCUUCAGGCAUUUUCUCAGCUUUCAUCUGUAAGUUUAGCAACGGAAGUUCAUUGUCACUUGUAUCGAGUUCACAUGGACAGAGAGAUACCUGUAAUCAAUUCUCUGAUCACUACUUAUGCCAAGUGUGGUAGCUUAGAUAUGGCCAGAGAUGUGUUUGAGCACAUGAGUGAGCGGUGUUUGACAUCAUGGAACACAAUGAUAGCCGCUUAUGCUAUGCACGGGAACUGUGUGGAGGUGCUAAAACUAUUUGAUCGAAUGAAAGAAGAAAAGGUCAAGCCCGACAAGGUAUCCUUUACGUCAAUACUCACUGCUUGCAGUCAUUCAGGCCUGGUGGAAGUUGGUCUGCAAGUUUUCAGGUCCAUGACCGAAGAAUAUAAUAUGGUUCCAUGUGAAGUACAUUACAGUUGUAUGGUAGACUUAUUGAGCCGUGCAGGACGGCUUGAAGAAGCAUCUGAAAUGGUUAAGUGCCUGCCAUCAAGAAAAAGUACUUCGGCACUUGGUGCUUUGCUUGCUGCUUGUAGAGUACAUAGAAAUACAGAAAUGGGGGAGGUUAUAGGGAGGCAACUGUUGGAACUGGAACCUGAGAAUUCAAGCUCUUAUUCUUUGGUGUCUAAUUUAUAUGCAGAAAGUGGACAGUGGGAUGAAGUAGUCAGAAUAAGAACCAUUGCAGAGGAUAAAGGCUUGAAAAAGAUACCUGGGCAUAGUCUGAUUGAGAUAGCUAGAUAA